AUGAUCGCAGAUCUGCUACUGCGUCACUUAGAUUCGGCUCGUGGAACCGCUCUAAUGGCUAGUCGUCGACUUCGGCACUACCGCUCCCGCCUGCUUCCAUUCACCCAACCAAUAACGGAUGCCGCUGCUGCUGUAGCCAGCACCUCUUCUUCCCGUUGUUCCAGUGCCCAGCUUGCUAGCAGCGGUAGUGGUGACCAAUCAGUAGGCUUUUAUUUUGCCGGCCAGUCGAGUAACCAUAGAACUUCGUCAGCUACUUCCGCAACGACGGGAACAGCCUUGACAACAGUGGCGGCCAAUACCGCCGCAGGAGAACGAAGAACUAGCACAUCUAUAUUACCAUUGUCCACAACGAUAAUGAGUAAAGUUUUUGUCAAGACACCAGAGUCAUUUGGACCAGAGGGAUUAGAAGGACAAAAUGCCCACGGCCUGGAAAUCCCUGUUGGAUCGGACAAAGCUUCAAACAGAAGAUAUUGA